AUGACUCCUCCCACCACCACGACGGGAUCGGACGGCGCCGAGGACGUGAACGACUUCCUGCUUCGGAUCCGCGAGCUGGGCGAGAAACGAGACAAGGAAGACGAGGAGCGCACGAAGAAGCUGGAAGAGGAGAUCCUCCAGGGUCGCAAGGAGAGACAGGCCCGUCGAGCUGAAAGGGCUCGUUCGAUAUCGCCCACCAAAGACUCCCCGCUCGCGAACACUGCUCGGCUAAGCGUCUCCUCGUUUGGCCAGUCGAUCGACCCCCCCGAAUUUCUGGAGCCGACCUCAACAGAGAUAGUACGGGAAGAGACCUUGGUAGGGUCGGAGGUAGAGGCGCCUGAGGCGACAACGACGACGACGCGAGACAUGGAAGAGGGGUCUGGGUCUGGGUCUGGGUCUCCAAGGGCGGUUCCGGCCCUAUCACGGAGUAGAACAGGAACUCUGUCCUGGCAGCAGCGCCCGUUGUCGCGCGACAAGACGGGGGGGAAUCGGCCGUGGUCGUCGAAUUUUACUGCCCGCGAAACUAGUGACAAGACGACGACGGCGGCGGCGGGGGAUGGCCCCGAGCCAUCCCGGAACCAGAUUGCGUCGGCUCUGGCGGGCAAGGAUCCCUCUUGGUUUCGCCAGAAUUCCGAUCGAGCACUCGGUUCGCCGGCACUCAGGAAGAACGCUGAGGAGAACGCGAUGAAUGCCGUCUCUCCGAUUGUAGGGAAUCGCAGACUGCCGGGCAUGAGUCGGUCAUCGGCAUCAAUAGAGCCUGAGAAGCCGGUUGGUCAAGAUCCUGCGCAGGGUCGAUCUCGUUCACCGUCUAGAGCAAGUUCGACAAUCGGUGACAGUACUAUGAGCCCUCGGUUUUCCAGCAUGUCGUCGAUCUCUACUGCAGGUGGCCUUGGGUCUCCUCUGCCGCUGUCCAGCGCUCAGAGAUUCGACAUUCCGACCACGGAACCCGGAACCAUGGAGGAGCAGCAGCAGCAGCAGCAGUCUGCCGCACCUCCAUCUCCAAAGCGGGGGUCUCCCGAACGGGCUGCCUCGCCAACCAAGGGUCUUGGUGGCUUCGUGCAGAGCGCGAUGAUGAAACGCUCCGACAGCGUUUCUAAAAGAUGGAGUGCACAGGUGCCAUCCGGACUCACCCGUGCGAACUCGGUCGUCAGUAACCGCAACAGUAUCGCCGUCUCAUCGUUGGGAGAGGUCCCCUCGUCGACUUCAUCUAACUCGCGGCUGAUGCGUGAGAAAUCCCCGUUGCCGGUCUCACGUCCCGGAUCGAGUCAUAGCGAUGCCACCGCUGUGCAUCAGGCCAAGUCUACGGAACGGCCGACCACCCCGGUCCCCUCCGAGAGAGGAAAUGACGCACCGACGGAUGGUAGCCACGUAAAGUCUUUGCACAUGAGAUCUACGAGCGCUCUUGGCAAAGAGGAGGAGAAAUCCGAAGCCGCCACCACGCAGUCGCCAGGAAGCCCGCUGUAUUCGAGAACAAUGGACCCAAAGAGAUGGAGCCCUACAAAAUCCAGCUGGCUAGAGAGCGCUCUCAACCGACCGGAAUCCCCAAGGCAAAAGCCCCCGCCCCCGCAACAGCCACCUUGGGUGCGCGAUAGACAGUCGAGGGGCAGUGUCGACAUGGGCCGAUCGACCAAUUUUAAGGAAGUCACUCCAGUGGGACUGAUGCGAUCGCCUGCUCUGGGUAGCCACUACAAAAAGCCCAGUGUGUCUGUGAUUCCGGACCUUCUCGAUGGUGCCGAGAGUCCUAGAGCCAAAGAGCCGGAUUCUACUCCGAUUGCGCAAGUCAAAGAUGCAGACACAGCAGCUAUCGAGGAGAAAGAGGUGAAAGAGGAGAAGGAAGAAGAAGAAGAGGGGAAAGAAGGGGGGAAAGAAGAGGGGAAAGAAGACGAGGAAGACGAGGAAGAAGAGGAGGAAGAAGAGGAAGAGGAGGAAGAGGAGGAAGAGAAGGAAAAUGUUACUAUUCCCGAAAAGGAGACCGUCAAGGAUAAACCGCAGCAGGAAUCUGCAGUCAAUUCGCCGAUUCCUGCGCUGCAAAAGCGGCCACCUCCCCUUAUGUCUCCUAUAUCGAGCGUUCCUCUGUCGCCUUUGUCUCCUCGAGAUCCUAUCUCACCUAGACCGAAGCUGCAGUCCCCUGUCGUCGAUUUCAGGGCGAAUCUGCGCCGGCGGGACGUUGUGAAGGACGAUGCGCCGAAAGAAGAAGAACCGGAGUUCAAGAACGUCUUUGGAAAGCUAAAGAGGACCCAGACCUCCAGCUAUGUCGCGCCUGAUAUGCUCAAGGACAACAUUCUCAAGGGCAAAGCAGCACUCAAUGCAACUGCAGGGCCUAAGAAAUCUCAGAAGGUUGACGAGUUCAGAGUGAGCAUUCUGAAACAAAAAGAGACCAUGAAAGCGGGCGGCGUCUCCUUGAACCGAGGCUCGAUUGACGAGAAGCCCCCUUCCCCAAAGCCUAUUCCAGAAGCCAUCCUGAGACGAAACGACUUAUCGAAAUCCGUGAGUGGCAGCAAGAACAGUUUCUCGACCGAUUCUCCCCCUCCCCUCUCUCCCAUACGACCAACAGCCCAGACCUCGCAUCCAUCUCCGGACCGCCCGUUAGCUGCUGAACCCGAAUCCCUUCCAACUACGCUAGCCAAAUCGGCCACUAUGGAGAUUCCUCCUCCGUUGAGCCCUGAGGGCAACAAGGAAAACGUGGAAAUCCCGGCGAGGGAAGAUAUGAAGCCAUUGAGUCCGGUGGAAGGGCCCAUCAAACCGGUGCGUCUCUCGCCGUCGUCGGAUAGUGUUCCAAAAAUCGCGGACAGGGUACCGCCGCCUGAAGGACUUGCUACUAAAGGAGCUCUCGCAGGCCGAAUAAACCCUGCUUUAGCGGGCCUUUUGUCCCGUGGACCACCACCUACGCCUGGCGGAGGACCGAAGAGACCGUCCCCGAUCACGACUUCAGAAGAGACUGUAGCGACGACCACCCCCAGAUCGCCAGCCAGCGAGUCUACCUCCGCGGCCCCCCUUAACCAUAUGACUAAAUCCCGAGCGAGAGGCCCGAAACGACGUCUUCCCAAAGCCACGGGGAGUGAAGCAACUUCGUCCCCUGCCUCGCCUCGGAGGAGCGAGGCCCAGAUUCCUAGCCCUGUCAUGCCAACACAGAAGGUUGCCACGCCGGCUGCCGAGUCUACUACUCUUGUUACUAGUUCCAGUUCACAGAAGUCACCCCUUGCAGUUGAUCGAUUUGGUGGAGAUCGCGGUCCUGUUGUUGUUGUUGCAGCGAAGCCAUCAGAGUUAGAGGAGCGUUUGCCGGUCUUGAAUAAUGAUAAACCAGUCUACAGAUCAGAUGGUCCCGCAACAAAGUUGCGAUUAGAUUUCCAAAGGCCCUUUCCCCAGCAGAAGCAGCGACAGGACGAUGUUCCUCAGAGCUCUGAGAGAAAUAAUGGUGGCAUGUCUCCUUCUUCGAGUAGGCCCAGUGUGCCGCCCAAACCGGCGGUGUCCGCGCCAUCCCCUGCGUCGGAACGACGGCCAAUCUUGCAAGGGCAACAUGCUUCACCGUCUCCCCUUAAAACCAGUCCGAAGGAAAACCGAAUGGAGUCGCCGCCAAGUACACCGCAACACAGGGUCAAUGCGGGCCCCGGCAUUGGUGCACUGAGGGAUCUGCUGCAGAAGAAAACGCUGCCACCCCCUCCCUUGCCACCCAAAAAGGCGGAGGUCACGUUCACCAAGCCGGCGGAGACUGAUAGCCAAGGCAGACCCUCCUCCUUGCAGCAGCGUGCGAAUCGAUCAUCCGUGGUGCCCCAGACGGCAGAAGCUCUGGCGGUGAUCUCCGGCUUCUUCACGACGGUCCCCCGGUCCAGCGACCGGGUGGACAUUGACCCCCAGUCGCUGCUCACGAACAAGAAGAGCGAUUUGAAGAUUCGAACCUUGAAACGACAGAUCUGGGAGAUCACGGGCGAUGGCAAACGGCAGGAUCUCCCCCUGAACCAGGAAUACAUUCUCUAUGAAGGGAGCAUGUAUCUGUGCGUGCACGUCUACGAGACCGUCGGGGGCACGUGGUCCGAAGUGCAUCUAUGGUGUGGAGAUGACGUGAGCGAGCCCGCCCUGGAAGACGCCCAGCUGUUCGCGCGCAAGGUGGCCCGAGAGAACAGCUGCAAGCUGGACGUGCUGCGGCAGGGCAAGGAGACGGCCCGGUUCAUCCAGGCCCUGGGGGGUAUCAUCAUCACGCGCCGAGGCUCCAGCUCGCGCUCGAACUCGUCCGCGUUGUAUAUGCUCUGCGGGCGGCGCCAUCUGAAGCAGAUGGCGUUUGACGAGGUCGACUUCUCCCGACGCAGCCUCUGCUCCGGGUACCCCUCGGUGAUCUCCGCCCCCUUUGGGAAACUGUACCUGUGGAAAGGCCGUGGCAGCGCUGCCGAAGAGAUCGGGGCCGCACGUCUGAUCGGCAUGGACAUCGGCCUGACGGGCGAGAUCGAAGAAGUGGUCGAGGGCGAAGAACCGGCCGGGUUUUACGAGAUCUUCCCCGACGGCGGCGUGCGAAGGACAGCAGCAGUAGACGAAAGCCGCCGCCACAGCUCGGAGUACUGGCGCCUUAAACCCAGCCAUGAACACUACCACACACGCCUGUUCCGUGUCGACCACGAACUGGGCCAGAAACAAGGCUUCUGGAUGCGCCGGCCUGGCUCUUCUUCGCCCGUCAUCCGGCCCAACGACACCGUCCAGGAGAUCGAACCGUUCUGCCAGCAAGACAUCACAGCCAAGGGCAUCUACGUUCUGGAUACCUUCUUUGAGAUUUACGUUCUCGUUGGCGAACAAGCAUCGCACCGCCCCGCCGAGUUCGCCUCGGCCCUGGUCUUCGCCCACGAGUACGGCAUCUUGUCGGCCUCUCUCCAGGACCGCCCCUUCAUCCCCAAGAGCUUCGUGGCCAUCGGUGGCGUCCCCGAGAACUGUCUCAAUGCCUUUCGGAAAUGGGACCGACGCUCGUGGAACCAACCCCGUCGGGUCCUCCCCUUGAACGCUGCGAUCGAGGCAAUCCGAUCGUGA